AUGGAUAUACGUUUUUUCUCUUGCCUUGUUCUUUCGUUUCUCUUUGGCAAAACUGUGACCACAGAAGCCCAACGAUUCAGCUUUGGCCAAUGUGAAUUGAGUGGUGUAUCUCUGCGGGAACUAAAGGACUAUUUUGGUGCCAUCAGAGAAACUGUGCAAACACAAGAUAACAGGACUGAUGUGAUACUGCUGAAGGAAGGUGUCUUACAAGAUGUUCCGGCAUCUGAAAGCUGUUGUUUACUCCGCCACCUGCUGAGGUUUUAUGUUGAAAGUGUUUUCAGACACUAUGAACCAACAAGCAACUUGCUUAGAAGGAAAACCAGCACUCUGGCCAAUGCCUUCCUCAGCAUCAAGACAAUUCUGAGAAAGUGUCAUGAUCAAAACAAAUGUUCCUGUGGAGAAGAGACCCACAGAAGAUUUAAACUUAUACUGGAAGAAUACAAAACGCUUGAUAAUAAUGUAGCAGCAAACAAAGCUCUGGGAGAGAUGGACCUUCUUUUUGCCUGGAUGGAAGGAUUCAAGAGCUAA